AUGGAUUUCACCUUAUUCUCAGGCGUGCCUGAUCAACCAUCUCUGCCUUCUGAUCCAUGUUCAGAGCCUUUUAGUCUUGCAGCUGUCGCGGGCCCUGAUGUCUGGCGAACACCUACCUGUGCUGGAGGUCGUGACGAUUUUAACGGCCCAAUCUACGCAACGCCACUAGCCCUUGGCUCUUUCAAGAAUGCCAAGGUAACAAUUCAUGGCGACUUCGACACUCCGUAUUCGCAAGGCGGUCUUAUCUUGUUCAUGCCCAAUUCCCUUGUUACGGACAUUGCUGGGAGGAAGAGCCUAGAGAAGUCGCCUGAUACGUGGAUUAAGGCUGGAAUUGAACGUGUCGACGGCCAGCUCUUUGCUUCUGUCGCUGCCGGUAAGCCUUACUCUGACUGGAGUCUUGUCAAGCUUGAUCAAAAUCGCGCGACGUUCGAGAUGGAGAAGUCAAAGGGCUCUUUGUGGAUCUACGUUACAGGGUCUGGUGGACAGAGGACACCUGUGAGGAAGUUGACGUGGGUGUUUGAUACUGAAAGGGAGGAGUGUAUCUGGGUUGGUGUUACCGCGUGUAUGCCCAAGGGCGAUGGAAGUGAGAAUGGAGGAUCAUUGAAAGUUCAGUUCUCCGACUUCUCGAUCAAGACUGAAUAG